AUGGAUGGGGAAGAAGUUUGGGAUGGAGAAGAAGUUAAGGAGGGACAAAUGAUCGUGGAUGGAGAAGAAGUUAAGGAAGGAGAAGAAAUUAAGGAUGAUGAAGAAGAAAGUAAGGAUGAAGAAGAAACUAAGGAAGUAGAAGAAGUUAGGGAAAGAGAAGAAGUUUGGGAUGGAGAAGAAGUUAAGGAUGUAGAAGAAGAAGAAGAAGUUUUGGAUGGAGAAGAAGUGAAGGAAGGAGAAGAGGUUAAGGAAGAAGAAGAAGAAGUUAAGUUUUGGAUGGAGAAGAAGUUAAGGGAAGGAGAAGAAUUUAAGGAAGAAGAAGUUUUGGAUGGAGAAGAAGUUAUGGAUAAUGAAGAAAGUAUGGAUGGGGAAGAAGUUUGGGAUGGGGAAGAAUCUACUAAAAUGAAGUUAAGAAAGCAGAAGAAGUUAAGGAGGAUGGAGAAGAAGCUAGGGAAGGAGAAAAGGAAGGAGAAGAGGUUAAGGAAAAAGAAGAAGAAGUUUUGGAUGGAGAAGAAGUUAAGGGUAAAGAAGAAAGUAUGGAUGCGGAAGAAGUUUGGGAUGGAGAAGAAGUUAAGUAGGGAGAAAUUAUCAUGGAUGGAGAACAAGUUAAGGAAGGAGAAGAAAUUAAGGAUGAUGAAGAAGAAAGUAAGGAUGGAGAAGAAGAAGUUAUGGACGGAGAAGAUGUUAAGGAAGGAGAAGAAACUAAGGAAGGAGAAGAAGUUAGGGAAAGAGAAGAAGUUUGGGAUGGAGAAGAAGUUAAGGAUGGAGAAGAAGUUUGGGAUGGAGGAGAAGAAUCGAAUUAAGGAAGCAGAAGAAGUUAAGGAGGAUGGAGAAGAAGUUAGGGAAGGAGAAAAGGUUAAGAUUGAAGAACAAGUUAGGGAAGGAGAAGAAGUUAAGGAUGGAGAAAUAGUUUGGGAUGGGGAAGAAGUGAAGGAAGGAGAGGAGGUUAAGGAAGAAGAAGAAGAAGUUUUGGAUGGAGAAGAAGUUAAGGGUUGUAGACCCCUAAUUUUGCCCGGCCUCUCAAUAAAAGCUAGGAAAACUUCACAAGAAGAUAAAGUUUGCCCGGCUUCUUAA